AAUAGAAGUCGUUUUGGGCUGCCCUUGUGUUCCGAAAAAACCAGAGGCAGAAAGAGUUAGGAAGUUCCGAUCUGAAGAGGAAGACGAUGAAGAAGAAGAAGGUGCAAUGGUUCUGGAGCUGGGUCAUCGGUUCCGUCAUCUUGAGGCUGAUCCUCCUCUACUUUCCCAAAAACCUCAACCUCUCUUCUCGCCCCGAAGUCUCCACCCCCCUCACCAGCCUCCGUCGCCUUGCCGAGGGUUACUGGUUGAAGCAGUCAUCGGUCUCACCCUAUGCCGGAUCAAUGUACCAUGGUUCUCCCUUGCUAUUGACACUUCUCGGCCCGCUCACGGUUACAAGAGUUGAAGGACAACCUGAUCAUCUUUUAUGCAGUUUGGUUUUUGUGAUUGCAGAUGUUAUAUGUGCAAUGCUUAUUCGUGCUGCUGGUGAAAAACUCCAGGUGGCAUACAGUUCAAGAUUACAAUUCCUUGGUCUUCAUAAUUUGUCGGAGAAUUCAGAGCUUCUUCCUUCAGGAGACUUUGCUGCUCUAGUAUACUUAUGGAAUCCUUUCACAAUAGUUGCAUGUGUUGGUCUAUCCACAUCUGCAAUUGAGAACUUGAUGGUUGUGUUAUCACUUUAUGGAGCAUGUUCACGACUAACUCCACUGGCAGCUUUUGGGUGGGUCAUGGCUACACACUUGUCUCUGUACCCUGCAAUCCUUAUUAUCCCAGUGAUAUUGUUAUUGGGAUAUGGUCCUGAUGCUCCUCCUAGGAAAUUAUUCUGGCAAAGGAAAAAUCUUGACGUUGGCAAUUCCACCUCAAGUGAUAGUUGUUCAGAAGAGGAAGCAAAGAAUCAGCUAAAGAUGGCUCAUGUAUUCUCGUGGAGACUAGUUGUGCUUUUUCUGUUCUGGACUUUGCUGUGGUCAUCCUAUGUCUUAGUCCUUUGUGGCAUUUAUGUCCAACAGUAUGGUGGUCUGCAGGAGUUGUUCAAAAGAACCUAUGGCUUCAUUCUUACCAUACAAGAUCUGUCUCCAAACAUCGGUGUUUUGUGGUACUUCUUUGCAGAAGUUUUUGAUUUUUUCAGAAAUUUCUUCCUGAUAGUAUUUCAUGGGAAUAUUCUAUUGAUGAUAGCUCCAUUAGCCUUGCGGCUUAAUCACCGGCCAUGCUUUCUAGCUUUUGUAUAUAUUUUGAUAUCUUCUAUGUUGAAGUCUUAUCCUUCUGUUGGUGAUUCAGCUCUGUAUUUGGGUUUACUUGGUUUAUUUGCUUAUGAACUUAAAGAUAUGCAGUUUUCAUUCUUCCUGUUUUCUGGUUAUGUUGGGGUUUCUCUUCUUAGCCCCGUGAUGCACAAUUUAUGGAUAUGGAGGGGUACCGGGAAUGCAAAUUUUUACUUUGCGACUGCAAUUGCUUAUGCGUGCUUCCAGAUCAUUCUGGUGGUUGAGAGUGUUAGCGCCAUGCUCAAUCAUGACAGAAUGCUCACAAAGCUAUACACUGCAAAGCUUCAAAACGUCAAAUCUUGAGAACUUUGAAGUAUGCUUUUAUAUGUCCAUGAUAUCCCUGAGCUUCAUGUGGACUUUGAUCUUGGUUCCACGACCCAUUCUUGUGCUGACCUUCAAUUCCUUUAUCAACUAUCAGCCUUUCUUUGGAUGCAAGCAUUUUUCAUCGUGGUUUAGUAUUUGGACGCAAGGCUCUGCAAUAUUGCUGAAAGUCACUAACGGGAUAGAAUUUGUUAUAAGGAUAAACAAUCAUGAUAUUUUAUUGUGGUUCUUAGAGCCCAUUUGUUCUGGAUGUACCAUUUAAGAAGUUUCAAUGGCUUUGGUCUUCAAAUACUACUUGAAUGCGGCACAUGUGUAUUUUAUUUGUUCUAUUCUAUGUGACACUAUAAUUCACAUUCACUUGUUGAUCGACAUGUGGAGCGUGCCUAUCGGAAUGAACCACAUGGAAUGACACUGAAAACUCGAGCAUAUCUUAUAUUAUUGAUGUCUCUGUUGCGGUAUUUAUACAAAUGUUCAGUCAUGUUUUGGAGA